AUGAGUGAAGGCCAGGAGGACAUGGCUGCUGGGGGAGUCUGGGCUGCCAAGGCCAGGGUCCCAACUCCAGCUCUGGAGAUGACCCUGCUUCUCCUCCUCUUUGGGGGCUUUUGGACCCAGGUGAUGAGCAACCCAGAAGAAGGUCUGCAGAACACAACGAUGUCGCCAUCUAUCCUCCAUACCGAGGUCCCGAGUAUCCCUGAGGCCCUGGCUGUUGACUCAACAGUCUCCACUAGGCCAGAGACAGUGGAUCCUAAGGGGACUACCGGCAUCUGGAGUCAGGCCCAACAUCUGACUCCACAUCCACCUUCCUCAACCCCCUUUGGACUUCCCACUGGUGACAUCAUAAACACUCCUGUACCGGAGCCUGCAACCUCCCGGGAAGUUUCCAACAAGACAUUGGUGCAGCUUUCAGAACCGACAGCCGUUUCCAGUGACCCUUCUACCACCGCAGCCAAUCCUGUGACAGGCAGAGCUGUCUCUUUUACCUCUCAAGAAACCUUUCAAGGAAUUAGUGAACCCUCUGACACCAUAACAACAAGUUCCAAGGAGACCAGUGAACCCUCUGUGGCUAUAACAGUAAGCUCCAAGUCCAGUGGUCCCCCUGUCACCAUGACUACUGAAUCUCUAGGGCUCUCCAGUGAGCCACAUGGACUCCCGACCACCAUAACAACCAGUUCUGUGGAGAGUUCUAGUGCAGCUGGUGGCACCCCAGUCUCCAACAUAAAAAUAUCCACAAUGUCUACCCCAAAGCCGGUAACCACCAGGACGCCACACCAGGGAUCAAGCGGCAUGUUGCUAGUGCCCAUGCUUGUGGCCUUGCUAGUGGUUUUGGCCCUUGUGGCUCUGCUGCUGUUAUGGCGCCGGCGGCAGAAGCGGAGGACUGGGGCCCUGACGCUGAGUGGAGGUGGGAAGCGUAAUGGGGUAGUGGAUGCCUGGGCUGGGCCAGCCCGGGUUCCUGAUGAAGAGGCCGCAACAGCCGCAUCAUCUGGGUCAGGGGGCAACAAGGGCUCUGCGGCCCUGGAGAGAGAGGGGUCGGGGCAGCGGCCCACGCUCACCACUUUCUUCAGCAGAAGGAAGUCUCGCCAGGGCUCUUUAGUACUGGAGGAGCUGAAGUCUGGGCCAGCUCCCGACCUAAAGGGGGAGGAAGAACCGCUGGUGGGCGGCGAGGAUGAGGCUGUGGAAACCCCCACUUCUGAUGGGCUAGAAGCUAAAGACGGGGCUGCACCUCAAAGCAUGUGA